AAAAAACGAAGAAAGAGAAAAUAGAAGCUGAGGAAGUCUGGUGUCCUUCCUCCGUGGAUUGUUAGACGAAACCCUAGUUAUCUCCUUUUCUCCUGAACACACAAAGUUCUUCUCGAUCUCUCGCCAUUUCGUUGAUAGAGACAUAGAUAUAGUUAUUGUUAUAGAGAAAGAAAGGAAAUGUAUAGAGAUCGAGGUGGUGGUGGUUCUUCCAAAUCGGAAAUGGUUGGAGGUAAGCGAAUAAACGAUGCAUUAGAUAAGCAGUUGGACAAGUCUUUAGCGUCUACGUCAAGGGCGUUGAAGGACAAAACUGUUCCCUCUACAUCUACAGUUACUGGAAAAUUGCAUCAGCGUCAUCCUAAUCAUCAUAUGGAUCAUCAGCGUGACACUCUCUCUUCAUCUACUCCCACCACAAAAAACAAGUGCUCCGAUGAGGAAUCUGAAUCAGACAGUGAAGAAUCUGAUGUUAGUGGUUCUGAUGGAGAUGACACAUCAUGGAUUUCUUGGUUUUGUAACCUGCGUGGGAAUGAGUUCUUUUGUGAGGUUGAUGAUGACUACAUUCAAGAUGAUUUUAAUCUUUGUGGAUUGAGUGGUCAAGUUCCAUACUAUGACUAUGCACUUGACUUAAUCCUUGAUGUUGAAUCAUCUCAUGGUGAUAUGUUCACUGAAGAGCAAAAUGAAUUGGUUGAAUCAGCAGCAGAGAUGCUUUAUGGCUUGAUCCACGUCCGGUAUAUUUUGACUAGCAAGGGAAUGGCUGCAAUGUUAGGGAAGUACAAGAACUACGACUUUGGGAGAUGCCCACGAGUUUAUUGCAGUGGACAGCCUUGUCUUCCAGUCGGUCAGUCUGAUAUUCCACGUUCAAGUACUGUAAAAAUUUACUGUCCCAAAUGUGAAGAUAUCUACUAUCCACGAUCGAAGUACCAAGGCAAUAUUGAUGGAGCUUACUUCGGGACAACAUUUCCUCACCUCUUUUUGAUGACUUAUGGACACCUGAAGCCGCAAAAGCCAACACAGAAUUAUGUUCCACGGGUAUUCGGUUUUAAGAUCCACAGGACUUGAGAUUGAAGGUGCUCUGUGAAAUGUGAUGAGAUUAAAUAGUUUCCAGUGAAUGGUUCUCACCUGACAUUUAUGUACAAUUUAUCAAGGUAGAACCAGGAAAUGUUGAGUUGUUAAUGUUCAAAAUUGUUUCAUUCAUGAAAAAA